CACAGCAAAUCAAAUUACCAACAGUAAUUAAAGUGGAUGCCUGCCACAAUAAAAAAUAGUGUGAUACAAUUUCUAAUUGCUCACUACUUCCUGCAAUACCGCUCAUCCCUAGAGAAUGUAAUUACAAAGGAAUCAGUGGAAAGGUUGCAGGAAACCUCUUAAAAUCAAUGAGGUAGCAUUGUGCAGUUCAAUAGCUUAGAUAUCUAACCCUUAGAUGUGCUUUUUGUAUAUUUAUAAAAAUAAUGAUAGUGACAACAAAGUAAUAAUAAAUAUUGGUACUUUGUAAUAGGAUAGAUGCCUGAAAUUGGCCCACAGGGCAGAACAAACAGAUGGCCAAAUCCCAUUCUGCAAAAAAAGCAGAAAAAAAGAGCAAAAACUGGCGGUUUAAAUGAGCCCAGUUAUAGAUUGUGUUCCACAGGGUUUGAUUCAUUUGUCUCCUGAAUGAGGACAAAGGUCAUGCUCUUUCGGUUUGUUCAAUGACCACCCAGCUGUUAGCACAUCAGAAGUGAUGCAAAGUCAAAACACCACGUAGGAAUUCAUACAGUCCUGCACACAAGCCAUGAUUCCAUUAGUCUGCAGCCAGACCCUGAGGAAGACAAACAUAGUCAUGCAAGUCCUUUAACAGAAGAUAUAAUUACUAAAGAGACUACUUUUAAGGACUGAACUUCUUUUUAGCUAGAUUAGAAAUUAAUUUGCAUGCUUUGGUAAUUUUUCAUCUUCAGAAUGAUUGCAUUCAUCAGUAAGAUUGUUCUUUGUAACUGACAUCGAGAGAUAAGUUGUAGCUUUACAGAGGAAAAAGAGCAGAGUACCAACACGGAUCACCCUCAGCGCCACCAGUGCAGUCAUCCCAACCAGGACCCCAUCGACAGACUACCACCAGGAAAGCGAGAGGUCAUGGAGAAGUAUUUUAAACCGGUUCAGAGCCCGGCUGAGCUGGAUGAGCUCAAGCCACGGAAAAUCCACCAUCAUCGCCAUCAUCACCUUCACCAUAGCCAAGACACUCAGUCACACAGGUACUCAAAGUUUGAUGACAGUGACAGGAACACAGAUGACAGCCGAGGGCAGCCUCGCCACCAUCAGCACAGUCACUAUCUCCAUGAAAGCCCUCGCCACGAUCCUCACUAUCGCCGUCAGUUUCACCACAGUGAAGAGGAUGAGAUCAUUUACGACCAUGACACCCCUGUAACUCUCUCAAGGGCUUCCUCUUCUUCCCUCUCAUCCUCAUCCUCUUCUUCCUGGUACACAGAGUCAAGCGCAAAUGAUCCUUUCACUCUUCGCCAUGCUGAGCGCCCACAGCAUUCUCUGUCCUGCUCCAAUAUCCCAGAUGUGCGCAUAGGUUUCCGGGAAGAUGAAUGCAGUGAGCCCAUUGUCUUCGCUACCGUCAAACACAGCAAAAAAGGCAAGCUGCUUCAUGAAAGCUCACAGCAAAGAGGGAACUCUGGCUUUUCUGCUCUUGACAGAGGUCACAGUCGAAGCGAUGAAGCCUUUUUUCAGAGUAAUGAUAGUGGUGGAAGAGAACAAUCUAAGCAAAAUAACUAUGGGCCUUUGUAUAAGUCAGCUAGUUUGAACCGAUGUCUGGCUUUCAGUGAGGAAAACAUUCUUUUAGGGGUCUCCGGUGCCCCCAAGAGAGCAGUAUCUUCAAACCAGCUACCCAGCAAAGGUAUCCUCAAGAACAAGGAGACUCAUACUGACAUUCGUAAGACUAAAUCGAUGGAGGUGUUGUCCCCAAGAGUUGCUAAAGAACAAGGUCCUGGGCAGAAGGGUAAAGAAAUUACUCAAGCUAACAUAGAGCAAGCCAGGGCCAAUUUUCUGCAGGAGAAAUUACAGUUCUCUGCGUUUCUAGAUGAGAUUACAAAGAGCGUUAUAAGUCCAUCGUAUCUCACCAGCUUGGGUGUUAAUAAUAAUAAAACUCCUGCAAAAACAUCUGCCUCAGCCCCCACAUCUAACCCAGUUAAGCCUCAGCUCCCACCAAAAAAACACAGAAAAGCCCCAGUGGAGAAGACGGGUCAGCAUCCCAAACUGGCCAGCAGUCAGGAGAAAGCACCUUUUAGUAGUUCUCGAAAAUAUUCAGACAGCUCCAAUCCUGACAAACUGAUUUCAUAUUCCAUGAGGAACCACCACGGUAGCCCACCGCCUCGUCACCACCCGCACUCUGCCAGCCAAAGCCCACACCACGGAAGCAACCGUAAGGACAGGAGGCCUAUAUCAGGAGACAGAUUUGGCAGAGGUGGCCCUCACCUCACCGAUGAAACUAGCACCAGCCCUGAAACCAGUCAGUCCAAACAACGCCACCACCACCACCACCACCGAAAACAGCAGCAUAGCCAGCAUCCACAUAACCAGCACUUCCACCAACAGUCCUAUCCAGACUCUGGUCACCAAGAACCGAGCAACUCGCCUCCAACUUCAGCCCAAGGUGCAGAGGCAGGGGUCGGAUCUGAGUCUUCAUCCACAAAAUCAGAUUCACCCAGGGCCAGGGACACAGCCUCCACAGCUACCAGCCACAGCUCAGAUCAGAGUGGUCGACAUCAGCCACAACAUGCUGGGCACUCUCAGCAGCACAGGGACGUGCUGUGUGAGGCUGACCAUCUUCAGGCACUGCAGGAGGAGAAUGCCGAUCUCCACCAGAACUUGCUGCAGACAGUGGUUUGCAUUGAGAGCCUGGAGGCAGAGCUGCAGAGGACCAGAGAUGAGCUCAGUCAUGUCAAGGAGAAAUACAAAAGCCUUCUGCAAACACAUACUGGGACCAAGCAGGCCAAUAACUUGCUGGGGGAGCACCUGCACAUAGCGUCCGAGAGCUUGAGCAGUGAAAGGAAGUACUUGCUUAAUCGUGUGUCCAAUCUGAGCUCAGAGCUGGAAGACGCCCACAGGACCAUUGCAGCCCUGGAGAACAUUAAUGUGCCAUGCUUGAUAAAGGAACUACUGGAGAAGCAUUUUGAUUCCGCUGAGGCUGUACAGAAGUUUCUCACAACCUCCGCUGCAAACAGCCAUUCUGCCACCUCUCAGCAAACAGAUGGCAAGCCCCACCCUCCUAAAGCAGACAAAGCAGCACAUGAUUGGCUGACUAAACCAGAGGCAGGUCCACAGAGGGUCACAGCUUUCACGCCCUUUAAACAGAGUGUACCAGCAACAGGAAAUGAGUGCGGCCUCUCGGGUCAGCAUGAGCCGAGCCACAGCCUGCCUUUCUCUGUGGCUGAGAUCAGCACUGCUAUCUAUAAGAAAAUGGCUGCCAGUUAUGCUGCCAGGCCACAGCCUAUCUACCCCCAAAGGCAACAGCAGUCCUCUUUGGCCACUAAUCAUGCUGACACCCUUCCAGACCUCAGGCAGGGCCAUGUAGCUAGUGAUAACUGGGCCGGGAAGGAAGAGUUAAAGGUAACUCUUUUGGAGCAGGACACUGAUGAUGUGAACUCUGUGUCGGCCCAGCAGAUCCUGGAUGAUUUCAUGCAGCACCUGCAGUUACACAAGGAGGCUGGUGAAAGGAAGGAGCAACAGAGUGGGCAGAAGUGUAGGGCAGGAGUAACAGAGUGA